AUGGAGGCAUCACGCAGGGUCAAGAAGCGGUCAUCCAAUGCCUGCCAACGGUGUCGUCGCCAGAAGAUCAAAUGCUCGGGUUCGCUGCCUUGUAGCACGUGCAACAAACGCAAAUUAACCUGUACCUUUGAUGACCGUGAGCAGAAAGUCUUGGUAACCAGGGGGUACAUCGAGGAUCUCCAGGCUCGCGUCGCCCAGUUAGAACGCGGCGAUGAGAUCUUUAGCCCGCAGAGUCACGAACCCGACCCGAUUCCUGAUGAUGAAACCAUUCUCACUGAACCGCCGAAUAUCGAAACCACCGACUUGACCAACCCCCUAUCCAGCGGGCCGUCGACCUUCAUGACGUCGGCCACCGGCCGGACCUUCUAUCUAGGAACGUCCUCCAACUGGUCUUUUGCCCGCAAGAUCCUCAGUAUGACCCACGAGCACCUCUAUCAGUCCUCACUGCCCACGGGGAGUCUGAACUUUGAUGGGACCGCGUAUGAUCUGGGAUGGGACGGGAUGCGACUGGGCAUUCCGGAACUGCCCAUGGCCCCGACCCUCGACUUCUCCCUGUACCUCAUCACGGCCGUCAAGUUCCACGCCGGCCAGCUGUUCCAUCUGUUCGAUGAGGAGACCUUUAUGGGCGGGCUGUAUGCCUUCCACGAGGACCCGCACCGGCAGAUGGCUACGUCGGGGCUCUGGUACAUCCACUACCUGCUCAUCCUGGGCUUCGGUAAGGCUUUUGUCGUGCAAAAGGCGCAGGACGGUCGUCCGCCGGGGUGUGAGUUCUUCGUCAAGGCGUUGCAGCUGCUGCCUGAUACGACGCGGCUGUCUCGUGAUCCCAUCGUCGCCACGGAGAUCCUCUGCUGUAUAGCGUUGUAUCUGCAGUCGAUGGACUUUCGGAACUGCGCAUAUGACUAUAUCGGACAAGCCCUGCGGAUAGCCCUGGCGCAGGGAAUGCACACCAACAUGCCGGAGCAUCUCGGGUACGCUACCGUGCAGCGAUGUCGCCGCAUCUGGUGGACGAUCUAUAUCCUGGACCGGCAGAUGACCUCGCUGAUGGGGCUGCCACAGUCCAUCCAGGACGACCAGGUGUAUGAUCUGAUGCCGUCGUACCCAGGAUCGCCGCAGCGGGCGGCGGCGCUGAGCAUGCAGAUCAAGAUGUGUCAGAUCAUCGCGGAGAUCAACCGCACGGUAUACGGGCCUGACGGUCGGUUAAAUCGGAAAUUCCUGGUGCGCACCAAAACGGCGCUGGCCAGCACGGCGGAUCUAGCGAACGAGCUGCGACAGUCACACGACCUGCGGCUGGAGGAGGCAUCGAUCAGCGGGGUUUCGAGGCUGUCGGCGCAUCUACAUCUGCUUUACCAUCAGUGCAUCGUCCUGGCCACCCGACCGUUACUGUUCUGCGCUCUUAAAAUCCGUCUUCAGUCUCCUGAGCGCUGCAUGGCGCUUCAAUCGUCGCCGACGGUGCGCAAGCUGCUGCAAAUGUGUCUGGAUUCGGCGCAACAGAUGCUGAAUAUCCUCGCGAGUCUACACGAACAGAACCUCCUCGAUAGCUUCCUCCCCUUCGACCUCGAAUCAACGUUCGUCUCCAGCGUCAUUCUGCUGGCUGCCGGACCCGCGACGGCCGGACUGCUCGACCCGGGGCCCAGCUGGCAGGACCGCGGGGCGCCGAUCCUGGAUGAGAUGGUGGCGCGCGGUAAUCGUAUUGCAGCGUUCCAUCGUGGAGAGCUGGAGCAGCUGCGAGGGACGCUGGGACAGUUGGACGACGAGACGGGCAUGCCGUCGCCGCAGAUGGAGUGCGGGAUGCCGGAGGGAUUGACGACGGCGGAGAUUCUGGCAGUGGCGGAGUCAAUCGAUACGGGGGAUGUGGAUUGGAUAGCGCAUGCGGUGACGGAGAAUAGUAUUUGGUGA